AGAUUUUUUUGCUAAGCUCAAGAAAAGUUUCAGAAGUCUCUAAUAAGUUUUCAUUCUACAUUUGGCGCAACUAUCUCACAGUACAUUCUAACACAGCCAUACUCACUGAAUUAUAGCUGUCAGCCAAUGUCCCAGACUCCUUCCUCAUAAUCCUUAGUUAUGUUCUGUUCAGUGUCGGGAUAGACCCACAGCAUGUUGUAUACAGUUAUGAAGAAGUGGAAUUGGGACUGUACAGCAUUGACUUCAGAGCCCCUGAAAUUACAUGGCAACAGGUUGGAUAUGGAAACCUACUGCUGAUUAUCAUUUACUGCUCUUCCUUGCAAAGGUCUAGUGGUAUUAUUGCUAGACUGUUGAUUCAGAGACACGGAAUGUUUUGGGGACCUGGAUUCGAAUCCAGCUGUGGCAGAUGUAGAAUCUGAAUUCAACAAAAUCUGGAACUAAGAAUCCAAUUUUUGAUUGUCAGAAAAACCCAUCUGGUUCACUGAUGUCUAAUGCUGUGGUAUGACCUACACAAGUCUCUCCAGACCCACAAAAAUGUGGUUGAUUGCUAACUGCCUCUGGGCAAUUAAGGUUGGACCAUAAAUGCUGGACCGUAAAUGCUGGCCUAGCCAGCAACAUCCACAUCCAAUGAAUAAAAAAAAGUUGAACACUACUUGGAAUCUGCACCAAGUAAUAACGAACACACAACAGAUUCUGGGUGGGAGGGGAUUCAAAUAUCUCUCAACAAAAGGGGCCUGUUACCAUCAUUAGUAACAGAGCAUGCUGAGUCCUGAAAUACCUAUGGGUCAGACGGGGACUACAACACGAGAAAUUGACCUACUUGUUCGCUUCAUCACCUCAUAUAUUUAUCCAUGAUGUUAUUUUAAAAAUAUUUGUUCAUUGGAUGUGGGUAUCACUGGCUAUGCCAGCAUUAUUGUUCAUCCCUUUUAUAGCCUAGACGGCAGUAAAGAGUUGACCAUAUUGCCCUGAGUUUGGAAUCACAUUGUAGGCCAGACCAGGUAAGGAUGGCAGAUUUCCUUCCCUGAAGUACAUUAACAAAUCAGUUGGGAUAUUAUAAUUGAUAAUAAAGGUUACAUGGUCAUAAAAAAUCCAUCUGAUUCACUAAUGUCAUGUGAUCAGAGUUUUCAGGAGGGGUAGUUAUCCAUACAGAUAUGUACAGUCUAAAACUUCGGUUCAUAAUUUUUGCUUGAGUAAAUUUCGUUUGUUAUUAUUUUUAACUAAAUAGAUUUUGAUAUCUAUAUAACUGACAAAAUCAUUGUCCUCUUUAAAUUCAAACUUUGUUAUGAACAGUGGAGAAAUGAGACUUGCAAAGAAAGUCAGUUCACUCCUCCAACCUUGGUCAUAACAAUAGGUUCAUGUGUGACUUUUCUGAGUUUGUGGUUAAAGCAAUUUGUUAGGUAAACUAAAACAGGGUUAUUUCACCUCUGACAGUGACACAUCUCUGAGAGUGCCUUUAUAAGCACAAAGAUUCACAGAAAAUUGAAAUAACUAUAAUGUUAUUCAAAAACAUUUUUUUUUCUCCUCAUUUUAUCCCACAGCAGCUACGAGCUAACAUGAGAGAAAUGGAAACGUUAUGCCUUCGGGUAAGAGAUGAAGAUUCACAAGCUUUAGAGAAAAUAAUAAAUCCUGUACAGGAGCAUGCAGCAGCAGCUGUGCUGGAGUUCCUGAAACUCCAUUCAGAGAUUCUAGAGGAAUCAAGCGGACACUGUAGCAUGAAUAAUACACAGAGACCACAGUCAUCUCUAGUGAGGUCCCAGACUGUCGAAGGAACAAUUAUGAGUUCCCAAGACACUGGCUCACCAUCGUCCCAAUGUCUGGUUCAGCUGAAUGUGCCACUACCACAGAUUCCACAAGAUCAAGAUGCUGCUGAAUCAUGGGAGAAGUUGGAAGAAGAUUUAAUUGAUCUUAGCAACUUGGUAAAUGAAUUUUCUCAGUUACUUCAUACCCAACAGGAGAAGAUUGACAGCAUUGAAGACCAUGUCAGUACUGCUGCUGAGAAUGUUGAAGAGGGAACCAAGAAUCUGGCCAAGGCCGCUAAAUAUAAACUUGCAAUGUUGCCGGUGGCAGGUGCUCUCAUUGGUGGUGCGAUGGGAGGGCCUAUUGGUCUUCUGGCAGGCUUCAAAAUUGUGGGGGUCGCAGCUGCAGUCAGUGGAGGGAUACUGGGCUUCACAGGUGGGAGGCUGUUACUGAAGAAACAGCAGCAGACGAUAGACCAGGAACUCUCACUUUCUUCCAGCUGCCCAGAGCUGAAGACUCAAGCUGGAAAAAAAUCUAGUUAAAUUGCGCAAACUUAGCUCUUUUAAGCCUUUUUCCAAGGUUUAGCUUAAAAGAGAAACAAUUUUAUAUACAAUUUGUAAACUGUAGGACUUGUCUCCACCAGAAUCUAAUCUGAUUAUUCAUUUUUAAUGACAGAAGAUCAGCUGUAUAUACUGAUAACAAAUGUACAAUCAUUAAAUGUUAAUUUUUGUAUAUUUUAACUGCUUUAUUAAAAUAUUUAUCAUUUAAAAA